AUGAUAUAAAAGUAAAUAAAUUUUAGCAAUCUAGAAAAAUUUUUAAACUCUUAACUUGAAUCACAUUAGUACAUCCUUAUUUAAAAUUAGAGUGAAAAUUAACUUGGCGAUGAAGGCGCUUUAAGUUUAGGUUCUGGUUUAGGAAAGUGCACUAAUGUCUCAAUUUUGAAACUUCUUCUUGAAAAAAAUUAAAUUAGUGAUAGAAUAGAAUAGAAAUACUCGCACAUAUAUAUGCACUCAGAAUAAAUCUUAAUUUAUGUGAUUGUAUAAUAAGUUUUAUAUAAGGGGAAUUAUUGCCGGUCAACCCAUAUUAAUAACCAUAAAACCAAAAAUUUAACUUAGAAUCAAAUUGGUGCAAUUGGUGCAUCAGGCUUAGGUUCUGGUUUAGGAAAGAGCACUGCUCUCUCAAAAGCAAUAAUCUCACUUAAUGAAAAUUAAAUUGGUGAUGAUGAUGCAUCUGGUUUAUGUUCUGGUUUAGGAAAGUGUACUAAACUCUCAAAUUUGGAACUUCGUCUAGACACUAAUAAAAUUAGUGCAAUCGGUGCAUCAUACUUAGGUUCUGGUAUAGCAAAGUGCACUAAUAUCUCAAAUUUGAAACUUAAUGUUAUUUCAAAUGAUUUCAACAAAUCUCAAUUGAAAGUAAAGUGUCUCAAAUCAAAAGGAUUAGUUACCUUAGAAAUAAAUUGGUGA